AUGAAUCCACUGCAAAAUUGGAUGAGGGGAUUUCUAGUUUGGAUGUUCUGCUCUUGUUGCCUGUCUCUCCUCUGCUUUGCAAGCCCUGUGCCUCUGAAGGGAGCACAUACUCCGACUAAUCAUUCCUGCACACUCAGCAAAAACUACUUCCAGAGAACCUACAUCAAGAACCGUACAUACACCUUGGCCAAACAGGCAAGGCUUUUUGAUAAAGACACAGACAACAGAUUUGUCGGGCAGCAGCUGUACAUAAACAUUAAGGAGAACAAUCACUGCUACUUAAUGAAGAGAGUAACAGAUAUCGUGAUGACAAAUGCCCUCUCUGAGCUAAAGAAUCAAUCUUCCACUCUCCAGGAAGUAGCAGAUUUCUUGGCCCAUUUGAAUGUGGAACUCAGUCACUGCAAACCAUUGGGAGAUAAAGAACACAUUGAAAACAACCUGAAACAAAUGAAAGACAAAUUGGACCAGCUGGGGGAGAAUGGAAAGAACAAAGCGGUGGGUGAGCUGGAUUUGCUCUUUGACUACCUGGAAAAUGCAUGCACCAAAGCACCCAAGAAAAUGCGUGGCAGCCAGAGGGGCAACAAGAAGCUCUGA